AUGGGCGUUGCAACGUUCUUUCACUCGCCCAUGCCGGGUUUCACAACCCUUCGACCGCUCUGGGCUCACCGAGUGCCCGACCGCUACGUGGUCGUGAGGGCCGAAUGGGACAACGCCCCAAUCUACUUCCACAACGUCUACGCGCCAGUUGAGGCAGAGCUCCGAGCUGCCUUUUUUGCGACGCUUCCCCGCGAUUUCGAAUCCAACAGUCGUCACAUCGUCGGCGGCGAUCUGAACUUCCCGAUGGACGCCACGCUGGACACGACAUCCAUGGCGCAUGAAAGAGCCCGGCGCCAAGGUCCUAUCAGGGCCACGCAGCAGGACUCGGCUUGA